UCUCUCUCUCUCUCUCUCUCUCUCUCUCUCAAUCUUCGAUCCGUUAAUCAAAGCAGGUGCGUUAGGAAAAGAAAAACAGAGAGGUAUGGGAAACGGAAACUCAAGGGAGGCUAAAGGAUCGCGAAGGUCAAGGCUAAUACAGAAGCUUCAAAAGUUUCGCACUCACCGUCGUCAUCUACGUAGUCGUUGUUCUCGAAACUCUGCCGGAGUGGUUAAUCAAAAAGCUGUAUCCGCCGAAAAUUUCUCCGGCAUUGCCCUUCUCACUCUCAUUGGCGCGGAUAUAAAGUUUAAGGACAAGUGGCUCGCUUGUGUUUCGUUUGGUGAACAGACUUUUAGAACUGAGAUCUCAGAUACUACAGAGAAGCCAAGUUGGAACUCUGAAAAGAAGCUUCUCUUGGAGAAAAAUGGACCAAGUCUCGUUAGGAUUUCAGUAUUUGAGACCAAUAAGCUCUCGAGGAACAAAAUCGUCGGUUAUUGUGAGCUUGAUAUAUUCGAUUUUGUAGUGCAGGAACCUGAGUCGGCUUCUAAGUCAUUUGACUUGUUAGAUCCAACAUCAUCCAAAGUCACCAUUUCCCUUUCAUGCGCUAUUGAGGAUCCUGUUGAAAGCGAGAAGCGCUUUGCAAAACGUAUCUUGUCCAUAGUGGACUACAAUGAAGAUGGACAACUCUCGUUUUCGGAGUUCUCUGGUCUAAUAAAGGCUUUUGGAAAUUUAGUAGCUGCUAAAAAGAAAGAGGAGUUAUUCAGAGCUGCUGAUCUGAAUGGUGACGGUGUUGUGACCAUUGACGAGUUGGCUGCACUUCUUGCUCUUCAACAAGAAAAGGAGCCAAUAAUAAAUAAUUGCCCGGUGUGUGGUGAGGCUCAACUCUCUGACAAGCUCAACGCAAUGAUUCAUAUGACUCUUUGUUUUGACGAAGGAACGGGUAAUCAAGUGAUGACCGGAGGGUUCUUGACUGAUAGACAAGCUUCAUAUGGGACUCGAUCCGGAUCGAUGAGGAUCUAUUGGUUAACAGUGGUAGGUCCUUAGAGACACUAGUUCGUGUUGGAAUGCAACUAGGUGUCUCCACAAGGACAUUGGCCUGAAAAUAUUUACCCUUGAAUUGAUUGGAUCAUUUGGUUUGAUUUUAAGUUUCCACUUGUUUCAUGCAUAUAUAUAUAUAUAAUAACUCUGUAUAUAACAAACGAUAUCUUCUUGGUAUUAUAUAUACGAUCAAUGAGCUUUACACAUUUCUUGCGAUGAGCGUUCUAUUUUCGCAACUCUCUGCAAUCUCCUGCUUUUCUCUUUGAAAAGGGGAAGUAUGUGUUUUUCUCAUUAUAAUGUUUUCAUUGUUAAAGAAGAGAAACGACAGAUCUUUGGGACGUAUCAAUGAUUUGUCACCGGUUUUGAUGACUCAAACAAGCAAUGGGCAGUGAAACAAACAGGUGGACAAGGCCCUGCUAACAUAGUUUGAGCCAUUGGGAUUGGUGAAAAAGUCCAUGUCUUGUCUCUGAAACUUUUUUUUGUUGUUGAGCCUCUCCCACAUUCAUUGCUUCAUGAGUCAGUCAUUAAAACCUUGAUAUUUAUGUUUUUAUUAAUAUCAAAAAGCUUUUUUAUUUGUUUUGAUCCCCCACUCUCUACAGCAAAUCUCCCUCAUAUACAUCCUUAUUUAAGGACUAAAACCUAAAUUAUAAACCAAGGGGACCAUAAAAUUAAGACCAAAAAAAA